AUGCACCUCCUUCUCCCCCUCCUCCAUCUCUCCUUCCCCCUCAUCUCGCUCAUCUCCCUCCUCCCCAUCACUCAAGCAUGCCUCACCUACCACGCCGAAUUCCCCUUCGACAACGACAAACCAUUUAUAGGAAAGAUUAUUGAUAAUGGGGUCGAAACCUGCUGGAUCAAUAUGUCGUAUAAUGAACAUUGGAAGUGGCAGGCUAUGGAAAAUGAGAAGGAUUGGGGGAGGAGGGAGUGGGUUUGGAAACCAUGGCCCUUCACCUGCACCAAAAAACAAUGGGAAGGCAAAAUGAAAAAUAAUGCCACGGAUCGAUCCUACUCCGCAGAACUAGGCGUCGGACUCCGCGGCGUAACGUACAGAGCGCACGGGGUGAAAUUUUGGUUUAAUCCUGAUACGGUGGAGGAUGUCGAGGGGGAUAGGGUGGGGUUGAUUACUGGGGUGGAUUGGUGGGCUGGUUUAGUAGGGGAGUUUGAUUUUGGAAAAGAGGGGGAUGGAGUUGAAUAUGGUAUAUGA